AAUUGAUCAGCAAAGCGGUGGCAUUUAUAAGUUACAGCUCUUAAUAUAAGAGCUAACCCUAGUAGGGUUUUGUAUUUACUUCUGCUUGCUUGAAUCAGCCAAGCCCUUGUCGCAGCUGCUCGGGAAACAUGGCCGUCGGGAAGAACAAGCGGAUAUCAAAGGGAAAGAAGGGAGGCAAGAAGAAGGCAGUUGAUCCGUUUGCAAAGAAGGACUGGUACGACAUCAAGGCACCUUCUGUCUUCAAUGUCAGAAAUAUAGGAAAGACCCUUGUCACCAGAACCCAGGGAACAAAGAUUGCUUCUGAAGGAUUGAAACAUCGAGUUUUUGAAGUAUCUUUGGCUGACCUUCAAAAGGAUGAGGAUCAUGCCUACAGAAAGAUCCGCCUUAGAGCAGAGGAUGUGCAAGGGAGGAAUGUUCUGACAAACUUCUGGGGAAUGGACUUCACUACAGACAAGCUGAGGUCACUUGUGCGGAAAUGGCAGACACUGAUUGAAGCCCAUGUUGAUGUGAAGACUACUGAUAAUUACACCUUAAGGCUGUUUUGCAUUGCUUUCACUAAGAGACGUGCAAACCAGGUCAAGCGGACAUGUUAUGCUCAGUCCAGUCAGAUCCGUCAGAUUCGCCGGAAGAUGAGGGAAAUCAUGGUUAAUCAGGCCGCAUCAUGUGAUUUGAAAGAACUGGUGGCAAAAUUCAUCCCUGAGAUGAUUGGCAGAGAGAUUGAGAAGGCAACAUCCAGCAUAUAUCCCCUGCAGAAUGUCUUCAUUCGAAAAGUCAAGAUCCUGAAGGCUCCCAAAUUUGACCUAGGCAAGUUGAUGGAGGUUCAUGGUGACUAUUCAGCAGAUGACAUUGGUGUGAAGUUGGACAGGCCUGCUGAUGAAACCAUGGCAGAGGGAGAGACUGAGGUCAUUGGUGCAGCCUAAGGAGAGUUUUAUUUUACGUUCUGAUAAUCCUUUCAAUUUUCGUCCUUGUGGAAUGGCUUUGAGCAAUCAGUAAUAGAAAUACUCAGAUUCAGAUUGAGAUGCUGAACUAGUAUGGUCUACAUACAUGACCUAUAACUAGAUGAGCGUUUUGUUAGAUGUCGAAGUCUAUUGAACUGUUUCCAUUCAUGUCAUGUUUGCAAUUUUCAAUUCUAUACUUCAUUAUAAUUUUGGAUUUA